UGCGCUGGCCGGGCUGCACCGCCGAGGCGCGCGAGGGCGCCCGGGGCCCCGCGUCCGCCGCGCUGGAUCCGGAGGAGGUAGCUGUGCGGCUGCAGCGGAUGCGGCGGGAGCUGAGCAACCGCAGGAAAAUCCUGGUGAAAAACCUGCCCCAGGACAGCAACUGCCAGGAAGUUCAUGAUUUGUUACAAGACUAUGAGUUAAAGUAUUGUUAUGUGGACAGAAAUAAACGAACAGCUUUUGUUACUUUAUUGAAUGGGGAACAAGCCCAGAAUGCAAUUCAGAUGUUUCACCAAUACUCCUUCCGAGGAAAAGAUUUAGUGGUUCAGCUCCAGCCUACAGAUGCUUUGCUGUGUAUUACCAACUUGCCCAUUUCUUUCACAUUAGAGGAGUUUGAAGAACUUGUUCGUGCUUAUGGAAAUAUUGAAAGGUGUUUUCUGGUCUACAGUGAAGUUACUGGCCAUUCCAAGGGCUAUGGCUUUGUGGAGUACAUGAAAAAGGACUUUGCUGCAAAGGCUAGAUUGGAGCUAUUGGGUAAACAGUUGGGAGCAUCAGCUCUCUUUGCACAAUGGAUGGAUGUUAAUCUAUUGGCCUCAGAGCUCAUUCAUUCUAAGUGCCUUUGUAUAGAUAAACUCCCUAAUGACUACAGGGAUUCAGAGGAGCUGUUGAACUUUUUUUCCAGCAUCCAUAAACCUGUGUUUUGCCAGCUUGCACAGGAUGAAGGUAGUUACGUUGGUGGCUUUGCAGUGGUUGAAUAUAACACGGCAGAGCAUGCUGAAGAGGUUCAGCAAGCAGCGAAUGGCAUGACCAUCAAGGGAAACAAAGUCCAGGUUUCCUUCUGUGCCCCAGGAGCUCCAGGGCGAAGCACACUAGCAGCAUUGAUAGCAGCUCAACGCGUGAUGCACAGUAGUCAAAAGGGCUUACUUCCAGAGCCAAAUCCAGUACAAAUUAUGAAAAGUUUAAACAAUCCUGCUAUGCUACAAGUUCUUCUACAACCCCAGCUAUGUGGACGAGCUGGUAAACCAGCAGUUCUUGGAACACCUCACAGCUUGCCACAUCUGAUGAAUCCAUCCAUCUCCCCUGCAUUUUUACAUUUGAAUAAAGCACACCAGAAUCUUUCUCAUGUACCAUUGACACAGCAGCAAUUAAUGAAGUUUGAGAAUAUCCAUACUAAUAAUAAACCCGGCUUACUUGGAGAACCCCCAGCUAUGGUGCUGCAGACUGCACUAGGGAUAGGGUCAGCGCUUCCGUUGAAAACAGAAUUGGGGCACCAUGGAGAAGCACAUAAAACAUCUAAUCUGAUUCCAACUCAAACAACUGUAACAGCUGGAAUGGGUAUAUUGCCAUUCUUUCCAAAUCAGCUCCUUGUUGGACAGGCGGGGCCGGGGCAGAGUAAUUCUCAGGAGAAACAGCCAGCCACGGUGGGAAUGGCAGAAGGAACUUUCUCAGGGUCGCAGGCUUAUCUUCAGAGCUUUCCAAAUCUUACUGUGGGAGGCUUGCUGACAGGACACCAUAAGCAGCAGCAAAGUCAACCAAAAGGCACUGAAAUAAGUUCAGGGGCUGCCUCUAAAAAUCAGACUUCACUGUUAGGAGAACCACCAAAAGAAAUUCGACUCAGUAAAAAUCCAUACUUGAACCUGGCAAGUGUCCUGCCCAGUGUGUGCUUAUCAUCCCCUGCAAGUAAAACCACUCUACAGAAGACGGGAAUUGCAAGCAACAUUUUGGAUGCAAUUGCUCAGGGAAAUGAAUCCCAACAUGCAUUGGAAAAGUGCAUCACAUAUUCUCAACCUUUUGCUGACUAUGCACAGGUGUCAUCUCUAAGAAAUGAAAAGCGAGGCUCGUCAUAUCUUAUCUCUGCCCCAGAAGGUUCCGUGGAGUUUGUUGACCAGCACUCUCAGGGCACAGGAGCGUAUUACAUGGAAACCUACUUAAAGAAGAAGCGAGUGUACUGAGUGAGCUCUCUCCUUGUAACCUCAUAGGUCCCUUGCAGUACCUCUGCUGUUCAUCGCUGCCUUAACUUCAUUCAAACUAGCCAUAUCCUUUAAAUACGGGUUUAUCAUUUCCCAGAAGGAUCUGUGUUGUGCAGCAGGCAGAAUUGCCAAAUGAAAAAUAAGUAGCAAUAAGAAGAAACAUCCAUUGAGAACAUCUUCCACUAGAAUUAGAUGCAUCUUAAGGUGAUAUUAACUUAUAGUCCAUUGGAGAAAUUAACAAUGUUUCAAUAUUCUUCGUUUUCAGACUGGGAAUAAUUUUGACACCAUAUAUAAAAGUUUGAAGCAAUAAAUGGGAAACGGCGUUGUUUCCUGAGCCUUAGAAGAAUGAGUUUCUUAUAAGCCAGUGUGCAUUUCAAUUUGCUCUCCCUAGAAGUAAUCUCGUUUAUAGAUUUUUUUAGAAUUUUUCCUACAAAAGUGCAAGUACCAAAUAAAGUGACGGUGAUGUCAUAAAGAUGCUCAAUGUGCAAACUAAAUUAUCAUCCACACACCAGCCAUGCAAUAUAAAACCCAAACAUAGACUGAUAGUGAUGUCCAAGCAUACACCACU